AUGUCUUCGCUUACCCCACAAUAUUUGGACGGAUUGAUUUUCAAAUGGCGUCAAUUCAUACCUCCAAACGUCCCUCAGAACCGAGACAGCCUAGCAGCUUUUGCGUACAGCUUGGAAUACCCUGGAAUGGUGUUACAGCUCGGGCCUGAGGGAUACAUCACCCCUGAAGUCCGCCUGGACAAUUUUGCGGAAGCUCACCGGCUGGCUGCGGGCAACCACCCUAAUCGUGCUCCAAACGCCUAUUCGGUUGCGUAUUCAAAAACCCAUACCAGCGCAAUCCAACAUGCAUAUGGUACUUCUGCUCUGCACGGCAGAACCCACCCCCCCCUUACAUCAGAAGAGGAUCAAGAGUUGAAGAAUUAUCGUAAUCAACAAGCAUUCACAUACUUCAAUAUGCCAGUUCCAGCAUCACUGAUGGAUUACCCAAUUACUCAAUGUGCUGAGUACAUGAGUUUACCGCCAGUAUUGCAGGCAGCAACGGAGGUAGUUGGAUCUGUCCAAGUCACAAUGGUAAUGAUUCACAGAAAAAACGAGAAAGAUAUGCCUAUGUGCCUAAACUGUCAAGCCUACGCAUGA